AUGGAAGACCUGGAGGACGCUUUCGAUUACAACAAGGAGAAUUUCCGUUUCGACGCGAAGCAAUGGCAGGAGCGGGGCUUCCAGGAGCAAAAGAUGCGGGUGGACCAGGGCAAGUUGUAUCGGGACGACGUCCGCGACCUGAUGGAGCUGACCACCGGCAAGAUGGAUUUGUACCUCAUUGUCAACGCCCUGCUGCUCGACCAGAGCGUCCGCAUGCUCUGCAAGGGCCACCUGGACGCCGCGCCCGAGUGGCUGCGGUGCCUGCAGAUUCUGAGCUUGUGUUCCGGCUUUUUGCUUUUCUUCCUGAGCCUCUGGCUGGCCAUGCACGCGUCCGUCGCCUCGCACUCCUUCGCGGUUCGCCUGUUGACGCAGUACGUGCGUCUGCCCAUCCCAACAGAGAAACAGCUCGACGCGCUGCAACUCCACGCGACGGAAUUCGAAGGCUAUUCGGCGAAGGACAUGCUGCGCGUGCCACUGAUCAAAGUCGCAGCAAAGAAGCUGGAGGCGAAGCUGAAACAGGGGUUGAGUGACCCGAAUAAUAAGGAUGCGAGAACAGGAGCAGCGAAAGCAGGACAGCGUCAAAGUAGUUCGCACAGUACUGGAGUACUUGGUGAAAAUGGCUUGCAGAGCGAGGGCGACGCAGUAGACACAGAUGCUGAAAACGUGGAGCAAACGCCCGAAGUGAUCGAAGUGACGUCGCUGGAGCACGUGAAGCUGUACCGGCGCAUGCAGGCGAAUUUUAUCAGCUACGACGCGUACGCGCGGGCCGGCACGUCGAUCGGGCUGAAUUCGCUGCUCUUCAGUCUGUGGUACUUCUGUCUUGGGAUCGCGACGGAGAACGCGAGCCAGGCCGAGUGGGCCUCCUGGGGCUGCUGUUUGCUGAUGGCCGUGAACGUGCUGCUGGUGGCGAAAAUCGACUUCGACCUGGGCGGCAGAAGCUUUGGCCUGGUCGCGCUGCUCAUCAUUUUACCCGCGUUCUUCUCCACGGCCGCGGUUACCACCUACCGCUGGCACUGGUACCGGUUCCACAUUUACUUCGUGUUGCUGGUUUUCGUGUUUCACAUCUGCUGGGUGGCGGUGGUUCUGUUCCUGGUGAAAGCGGGGACCGACGAACAGGUGAAGUUACCGCACCAGUUCAAGCAAGUGCUCUACCUCGACGUGUUCGGCCAGUGGGGCGGCUUCAGCGAGGACUUGCGUGCGGCGUCGAGUAGCGGAAAUAGUAAAAGCGGGGACUACCGCAGCGGAAAUACAGUGGUCGAACCGGUGGUCGUUGAGGGCGGCGAAGUUGAUAUUAAUCCAGAGGAACACGACGAGAAGAGUUGUGAGCUCCUGCCACCGCCAGAGCAGUACCUGCACGCCUACCUCUCUGUCUGCUCGCUACGGAGGUUGCAGCGGGACAAGCAGGUGCAGCUUCCGGCGCAAGCGGUGUCGCUCAUCAGCGAGUACGAGCGCGUUGCCUCGCAUUUACUCGAGCCGCUGGACGGGCAUUUGAUUCCGCUUGUCUGUAUCUCCGUCGCGGGUCACUUUGUGGACAACAUUAAGAAGAACAAGGAGCAAGUUGCGUGUCUGUACGAUCCGAUCACGAAGAGCGCUAUUAUCCCGGGCGUAACCGCGCAGCAAGCCGGGGAGCAGCAGCGCGUCUGCCUUCCGCUCGCACGCUUGGAAAGGCACUUACGGGUUUUGGCCACGACAGAGAGUGGAGGUGCGAUAAAGUUAAGACCGCCCUUUCGACAACAGCAUCCUUCGAGUGCGCGAAGCAGUGACUGCAGCGUUUUGUUCGAACAACGAGGGGGCGCGGCCGGCGUUGUUUCCACCGAAACGACGAAAAGCACCUCCGGAGCUGAGUCAACAGUGGAGGAGCAAAUUACUCCUUCGUGGAAUGAAAAGCUGCGACGGCGACUCGUGCAAACGCUUUCCGAGAAGGAGCGCAGCGCGAUUCGGAAAGAGGAUGAAAAGCUGGCAAAUUCGCAGGAGCCGCUGUUUAACAACCGGUACGCCUGCAGCCGUGCCGCCGAGGCCGCGGAAAACACCGUGACGGCGAGCUGUGCCUUUUUCCCCGUAAACCACUUCAACCGGAUUCGCAUGGGGCCCGACGCGCCGGUCGGUCGCAAUUCCGUGAUUGCGGACGAGACGCUCGGGGACAGCACGUUGGGAGAUGAGCAGGAGCUCCUGGCAAACAGCGGCCGGCGCUGCUGGGCGCAGCAGAUGCGGCCGGGGAACGUCCCGUGGUUCAUGUUCCUGAUCGCCAUGUCCCUGUUUCUCUCACUUUGGGUGGUCGGGCUACUGUGGUACUGCACCCACAUCCAGGAGAAGGAGAGCUGGAGCGAGGAAAUCGCGGAGAUGGUCGCGCUGCGGGAGGUUUGGCUGAGUCGAGAAGGGCGAGCGCAGUUCGGAAAAACCGAAGGGGAUUCGAUGGUCGCCGGUGUGCAGCAUGCCUGGCGAAAAUCGCCGAGCAGCAGGUCGCGGGUGCUCCGACGGACUGAAGGUGGUAGAUUAGAUGAUGAGAGAAACGACGUUGAUGAGUUGUUCCUGGACGACGCCGGGCGAUUAUUGACGGGCGAAGCACGCGUAGUCAGGACGAACGUAGCGGACGCGGCUGCGGUUUCCUGUGAUCACUUACUGCCGGGGCACGGAAACGAGGUUGGCGAUUCUAGCUGCACUCUGUGGCUCCUGAAGUUCGAUGGUAGCUUUGAAGUCUGUCACUGGGUGGAGGCUCGCGGAAGAAAUCCCAAGGCGACGCUGGAGCAUUGUCAGAUGUCCGCGGGGAACAUCCCGCGUAUCGGCGGGGGGGUGCAGGGGUUUGUCCUGUCGGCAGGUGAAAUGAACCACGCGCAGCAGAAAAGAGCGACCGUGGAGGUGGUCGUCCUCCUCGCUGAAACGGAGGAGAGUGGCCCGCCUGUCAACACGGAUCCAUUAUUUGCGGCUGGACCAACAUCUCCACCUGAUAGGAGGCUGACGACGCCAGCCCAAAAGCGCAGGAAAAGGCUAGAAUCAGUUUGCGCUAGAACAGUGGGCGGAUCAUCGUCGAGAAGUUGCGGCAACCGGCUUGUCCGCCGUAGUCAGCGCUCACUCACGACGAGGAGAACAAAGCAGCUGCAUACGAAGAAAGGGCAGAGCAGAAGGGAGGUGCUGGAGCAGAGAAAAAGUGUCUCCGCGCGACCAACCGCAAAAGUUCUCGGGCUGUCGUUGCAUUUUGACAGAUCAGCAACCGCGGGGCUGAGCAUGGUACCGCUCUGGGAGAGAACGACGAAGCCAUGUCCUGAUCACGCAGCGCAUGUUUUCACUACGAGUUCGAAAGCGAAUUCUUGCAGGCGAGCUGCCGGUUUCGUUGCUGUGUAUGAUGAGUUUACGAAAAAUCGCAUUUUGGCUCCCCAUCCGGAGCAAUCACUGCUGCCUCCAGAAGCAUACGAUUCUUGAAACGUGGUCGCUCCGGUGACUGAUACACACGUACUCAAAUUGCUGUAUUCCUUUGAUGUUUGUUCUGUUCCGGCUGUUGCGAUCUCUGUCUCUACGAGCGAGCGAAUGAUAUGCGGCACCUUUGGAUCUGGAGCAGAAACGCCGAAGAGGGGAAACAAAAGGAGCGCGGAGAUGGCUGUGAAUACGUACAGACGUCGACGUCCGUCAG